ACCAUAAUCACCGUUCACCGGGACCGCCAUCACUAGCCGCUAAAACCGAGUCGAAGAAGCGUAAGCCGAGCUCUCUGAAGCUGGAUUACAGUCCGAAGCGAGCCAUGGUUGAGCUGAGGCACUCGGGCAGCUCGCUCGGGAGCCGAGCCUCUUCUUCUCCGAUGAAACGCGACGAGGACGCUUCUCCUCUAAUCCACGAUCACAUCCCUCAAGAUGUCGAAGAUGAAUAUGAUCAUCCUCGCCAUGCUUCACGAGACCGUGACCGUUCGUUUUUAUUUCAAAUUCACUCGUUUUUCCCUUUCGGUAAUGAUGAUCCUAGGUUUUCUCAACACUCCUCAAGGAUCUCGCUUUUCUUGCUCCUUCUCAUAGCCGUUUCUGGUUUGAUCUCCGUUUACUCGAUCUUACAGCGAUUAACUUCCCCGUAUUUAUGUAAAAAAGAUGGAAUUGUUCUUCGCUGUCCGCAUGUUAAGGAGAAUGCUUCACUUUGGGAGAAUCCUAUAUCUGCAACUACUUCUUGGAAACCUUGUGCUGAGCGCCAUGAUGGUGGAAUGUCGGAUCUUCCUCGUGAGAAUGAAACAAGUGGUUAUAUUUUUAUUCAUGCUGAGGGUGGUCUAAACCAGCAAAGAAUUGCGAUAUGCAACGCAGUGGCUGUGGCCAAAAUUAUGAACGCAACACUUAUCCUGCCAGUGUUGAAACAGGACCAGAUAUGGAAAGAUAAAACGAAAUUUGAAGACAUUUUUGAUGUUGAUCAUUUCAUUGACUACUUGAAGGAUGAUGUGCGAAUUGUCCGUUAUAUACCUGAGUGGUUUACUGACAAAUCAGAAUUGUUUACAAGUAUAAGACGCACUGUGAAGAACAUUCCAAAGUAUGCACCAGCUCAAUUUUAUAUUGACAAUGUGCUGCCUCGGGUCAAAGAGAAGAAAAUAAUGGCCCUAAAACCGUUUGUUGAUAGACUUGGGUAUGAUAAUGUCCCUCCAGAAAUCAACAGGUUAAGAUGUAGAGAAUAUCAUGCUCUUAAAUUUCUUCCCGAAAUUGAGCAAAUGUCAGAUUUAUUGGUCACCAGGAUGAGGAACCGCACAGGAAGUCCAAAUCCUUACAUGGCUUUACAUCUUAGGUUUGAGAAAGGGAUGGUGGGCCUAUCAUUCUGUGAUUUUGUUGGGACUAGGGAGGAGAAAGCUAAAAUGGCAGAAUACAGAAAAAAAGAAUGGCCUCGACGUUAUAAGAAUGGAUCCCAUCUAUGGCAGCUCGCAUUGCAGAAGCGGAAGGAGGGUCGUUGUCCUCUUGAACCUGGGGAAGUUGCUGUAAUUCUUCGGGCAAUGGGAUCCAAGGAGACUCAAAUUUAUGUUGCUUCUGGUCAGGUUUAUGGUGGUCAGAACCGGAUGGCACCCUUAAGGAACAUGUUUCCAAAUCUGGUUACCAAGGAAGAGUUAGCGAGUAAGGAGGAGUUGGCGGUUUUCCGGAAGCAUGUAACAAGCUUAGCUGCACUUGACUUCCUGGUCUGUCUUAAAUCUGACGUGUUCGUAAUGACCCAUGGAGGUAACUUUGCUAAAUUGAUUAUUGGGGCUAGAAGGUACAUGGGUCAUCGUCAAAAAUCAAUAAAACCAGACAAAGGACUUAUGUCUAAAUCUUUUGGGGAUCCUUACAUGGGAUGGGCAUCUUUUGUAGAAGAUGUAGUCGUCACCCACCAAACCCGAACCGGAUUGCCGGAAGAGACCUUCCCUAACUACGACCUUUGGGAAAAUCCCCUAUCUCCUUGUAUGUGUAAAGCAUGAUAGCCACUUUUUCUUCUUCUCAUAAUUUGAUGAUUCUUGUCGAGCUUCAUCGAAACUGCAUCAUAUCUGUGCAUUUAACAAAUGAAGAUUCUUUUUUU